AUGGGUAAUUCAAAUUAAAAAUUGUAAGAAGAAAAAUAUGAAAAUGUGAUGAAAAAAUUCAAAUUAAAAGAGUCUUUAUAACAUACUUAACUUGGGAUGGUUAGAAUCUAUAAUUUAAAAGAUGAUAAUGUAUUAUUUUUAUGAUUGAAUAGAAUUAUUCUAUUUUUGAAUUUCAUAAGACAGCCACAACAUCAGAGGAAGCUAAACUUAUGCUAACACAUUAUAAAAAUAGAAAAUGUUAUAACAAUGAUCAUCUUACAUAAAUCUUUUUUAUUUCUGAAUAACAUAGUCAAAUACUCUGUUAGGAUCAAACUUAAUUUAUCAUAAUAGGUGAGUUUUUUUAUAAUAACAUCUAAAAUGAAAUGAAAAAUUAUAUAUAAAAAAAUAAUUCAUUUCCAGAAGCUAGAUUAUGGUAAAUAACCCUAUAAAUUGUGAAUGCAUGUACUUAUCUAGAAACAAAUGGAAGAAAUCAUGGAGAAAUUAAAUCUAAAAACAUUUAUAUACAUCCAGAUUAAAGUGUUAAAUUGAUUGUAUUUAUUCAAAUUUAUAAUAUUAGGAAUACAAUUUUAUAUAUGGUAGUAUGAAUGGAUAUUAGAAAGCAUUAUUAUUGAAUGAUUUCUAAUAUUUAGCUCCUGAAUUAUUGAAGGAAGUGAAAGCUAAGAAAUCAUCACCUAAUAUUGAUUUCAUUAAAGGCGAUGUUUUUGCUUUAGGAUUAACUCUCUUAGAAUUAGCAAGUUUAAACUCUUGUGAAUAAUACUAUGAUUGGAUUAGUAAAGAAGUACAUACAGAUAAAAUUAUUAAAGCAAAUGAUCUAUUGUUAUAGAAAGGUUACUCUACACUAUUUACUAAUUUAAUUUAUUAGAUGAUAUCUGAUGUUGAUAUUAGACCAAGAUUUAGUGAUUUAAAAGAAGUACUAUCUCAUUUUGAAAAUUAAAUUAAUAACAAUGUUGAUUUCUAUUCCAAAUAUUAAAUGAGAUAGAGUAAUUAAUUUAAUAUUUACAACUCUGUCUACACUUAACAAUACUAAAGACCUGGAUAAAUCAAUUAAGCAUAAUCCAUAUAUCUACCUAAUGGAUCAUAUUGA